AGGGGAUGGGCCAAUGGGGUUUAUAAGAUUGACUUAGACUAGGAAUUUGACAUCUCCAAAUGCGAGAUCUGGUACCUCGUUGACACAGCGUAUCUCUGCGUGUCACUGCGUGUCAUAAAGAUCUGUGAUAAUUACUCAAACUGUUUUAUUUGCUUUAAUUCAAGCGUUCCUUUUUCUUUUCUUUUGCUAGUUAUUAUAUUUAGUUACAGCCUAGCUAUAGAGAGAGAUGGAGGACCAGGUAGCUCGUCUCGUGGACAAGGCGUGGGAGAAAUUCCAGCAGCUCCCCGCGGACCGUCGACUUUUAAUCGCUAUAGCCGGUAUCCCAGGCUCAGGCAAAACAACCCUCUCCCAAAUCGUCACUGCAGCCCUCAAUGCCCGGCACGCAAACUUGCACCCAGAAGUCCCCGAGGCUGUGCCGCCCGCCGUUUUCGUGCCCAUGGACGGGUACCAUCUAACACGUGCGCAACUCUCCGCCAUGCCGGACCCGGCACUUGCCCACGCGCGGCGCGGCGCCGAGUUUACGUUUGACGGCCCCGCGUUCUUGGCUUUAGUCAAGGCGCUGCGUACUGUGCCGCCGCCGCCCCUACAGCCGGUGUAUGCGCCGAGUUUUGAUCAUGCGGUUAAAGACCCGAAACCGGAUGAUAUCGCGAUAUUGCCGGCGCAUAGGAUUGUGGUUUUUGAAGGGAAUUAUGUGUGUUUGGAUAAGGAGCCCUGGCGCGAGGCUGCGCAGCUUAUGGAUGAGAGGUGGUUUGUGGAUGUAGACUUUGAAACGGCGAGGAGGCGGCUGGUCAAGAGGCAUGUCGAGGCCGGGAUUGCGAAGGACGAGGAGGAGGCUGGGAAACGUGCUGAUGAGAAUGACCUUGUGAAUGGGGCGCAGAUUGUAAAGGAGAGGGUUGAUGUGCAUGAGAUUAUACAAAGUAAGGAGGACGGGAAGUGGGUUCAUAAAUGAGUAGUAUAUUAGACGAUAUAUAGUAUAUGAGUUGGAUAUAAGUCUAAAACUUAGACAUAUUUGAUGAAAGUAACUUGCAAAGUGCUGCCUCUUGGUAGA